AGGAUCUUCCCCUGAAGCACGAGGCGAUGCCGCCAAGGAAGCGGGGGAAAAAGGGGGCUACCACCGCCACCAAGAAGCAGCAACCGCCACCGCCCGAGCCCCCUGGACCUGACGCUCCCGUGCAGGAGAAGCUGCGGUGGCUUGCUGACCAAGAGAUUGAACGUCGGAAAGCUGCCAUCAGAGCUAUUCAAGCAGCAGAGGUUGAGGGUGUACUUUCUCGGAUACGCUUAGCGCGAACCUACAUUUCCAAGGAGCAAGAAGAAACAUGUGCCUUGCAAUAUUUUCAGGAGAACUUGCCCAACGUGUCAGUUGUCCCGAAUGAAAAACAGGACGAGCUUGAGUUGAAGUGGAAUGAGUGGGAUAAUCACAUAUAUGGAGAUCAGAGGGAUGACAAGGUUUCACGAGCUUCGAUCACGUCAUUGGCAACUGCUGCUGGUUUUCAUUUCUCGGGAGAUUCAGUGCAGAAGAACUUCAUUGAGAGCACCUUUGAUUUUAACAACUUUACUUGGAGUGAGCUACCCGAAGGUCAGAUGACAGGGGCAGGGGAUUCUCUACAGACACCCGGGGCUACGAGUAGCCGACUCUCUUUUGGCAUGACACCAAAAACUGUAAGAGUACCCAAGAAUGGCGAGAUGCUCUUAUCUGUGCAUGGGUCACCUCUUGGAGUGUACAAAGAAGAAAGUCUGGCAGCCAUUACUGAAUCUGGAAAUGGAAGUGAAGAGCUGCCUCGUGAUGCCACUGGCCCUCUGUAGUAGCAGUAGAGUAAGCUGUGGGAUACUAAUCAGAACUUCAACCACUAAUUCAGGGUAUUCGUAGAGUCUCAACCCUCAGUGCCUGACGAGGUUCGGUGUGUUUAGGUUAUCCUUUUGUGUAGUUUGAUGAAGCAUGUUGUAGGGCGCCAGUUUUAGUCAGCUGAAACCGUUUGUCAGGUGCUUUAGCACAGUGUUGUCCUUUUGUGUAGUUUGAUGAAGCAUGUUGUCUGUUGUUAACUUCGCCACCAGGAAGCUGGUGGGAUUAGCUGAAUCUUUGGUGCGGCAUUCGUGAUUCACCCAGUUAUGAAGACUUCUGUAACGAGAUGAGAUGAGACAUGGUGCACUGGGCUACUGGCCAUGCUGUAAACGGAACUGCUAUUUGACAAGAUCUUAACAUAUCUUUCUGAUUUGCAAGUUGCAAAGCAUCUUA